AUGGUCAAUACAGAUAAUACAAACAAACAGUUAGAUGAACCUGGCGUUAUAAUAAGUAGCUUCUGGGACAUUGAAGCAGCAAAAGCACAAGUAGUUGAUGAGAAAAUUGCAAUUAAACGAGCACACAGAAUUACAGCUAUAUUAUUGGUAAUUUUACUUGCCCCAUUAUUAUAUGAGUUAAUGACUACAAGAUAUGAUAAAAUUACUGAUGGACAGUUAGAACCAGCAACAGUUAAAGGAUUUAGUACAGAGUUGACAUUAUACAAUGCAGGCAACACAGAUUUAACAUUUGAUAAGCGUGCAACGUGGGGCAGAGAUAUCGUAGAUGGUGCAAUUAGCACCUUCUCGAUGGUUGUGACCGGUGCUAAUGCAAUUUAUGCUAUUGCGUGUUCAGGAACCUUUGCAGCUACUGUUGGAUUGGUAAUACCUGGCGGACCUUUAAGUACAUUAGUUGCAUGUAAUUCUGCUGGUAUUGGUUUAGCAUUGUUCAAUACAAUGUCAUAUACGUUAAACAAAGAAAGCCAAGGAUGGACGUGA